AACACUUAAUCACUAAUGGCUGUUAAGCCCUAAAAUCUCAGUCUCACGCUCUCGCCCCCUCCACACCGACUCCCUCUCUCAGCCCUCAACCACCCACGACUGUCUCUCCGUUCCGACGCCGCAUAUAAACACCUUCUCUCCCAGUCUCUCGCCCUCCUAACAACCAUUUCCCCAUAUGACCACCACCACCGACAUCCGCCACGGAGCCACCACAGUUUAGUCCACACUACACACUCCAGAGGGUGCAAGUUUGACUCCCCAAUUUAUUUGUUAAUAUCUGAUGGCGAGCUCUCUGCAACGCUUCUCCAGCCAUGUUCGUCUUUCUCGAACCACUUUUGUCUCAGGAUCCAAACCUUUCUUGGUGGACGCAUUUGUCGAGAUCAAACCUGCUGAGCAUGUAAUGGGCUUACCUGCCACAACUGCAACCCAACAUGGACCAGGGUCCUUAUCAAGAUUUGCCUCCACUCUUUCCCGUGCCCUCAGCACAGCCACUGCAGCAAAUGAGACGCAGACCCAGAAGCUUGAGCGCAUUGCUGACGAGCUCCUUGACCUCACAAAGCUCGAGAGGCAUGACUACGCCAUCCUUUUCAGGCUGAAAAUGGGCCUCAAUCGGUACGGCCCAGCAAUCUCGGGUAUUGGCUCGGCAUCUUCUGAAUCUGGGCCUGCUUCGACAGAAUCCAAGAUUGCUGAGAAGACUGCAUUUGAUAUAAAGAUUGAGAAAUUUGACGCAGCGGCAAAGAUCAAGAUCAUAAAGGAGGUUAGGACUUUCACCGACUUGGGACUGAAGGAGGCUAAAGAGUUGGUGGAGAAGGUCCCUGUUGUGGUGAAGAAAGGGUUAACCAAGGAGGAGGCGGGGCCCAUUGUCGACAAGCUUAAGGAGUUGGGUGCCACUGUGGUAUUGGAAUAAUUAUGCUAUUUUGUUUUGCUUAUUUCUUUUGUUUCCUUUCACUUAGGAUAGUUGAGUUAAAUGAUAAAGGGAAGAUAAUAUAUGCUUUGCACCAGAGUUCUGGAGGUUAGGAUUGUUCCUAAACGUUUCCACCACCCAAUGAAUUAUUUUUCUCGGUGGCGAUUUUGGUGCUCGUCUUUCAGUCGUCUGCACUUCAAACUGAAUAUUUUACAAUUAUUUCUAUAUUCACACGAGUGCAAGAGGUCAAAAUAGGAGCACGGGUAUCGCUAGCCUUGUUCUCCAUGUGUUUUGUAUGGUCAAUAUAAUUAUGCACUGAUUGUUUCACUGGCUGCUGCCCUGGACUAGUUAUUUCUCUAUUAACGGCAAAUUGAACUGUA